AUGGACGCCACUCGAGCGUUGCUGGACUCGCUCAUGGGGAAGGACCGGAACGCGGCGCCGGACUCCAAGCGGCAGAGCUUCAAGGACCCGGACGUGUGCAAGUACCACCUGGUUGGAGACUGCCCUCAUGAGAUGUGGGUCAAUCAGGGGGGCAAGGCAUCGCCGAACAGCCCGGUGGGGCCAUGCAAGAAGCAGCACUCGGAGGCCAUGCGCGAGCGCCUGAAAGACGACAAGGACUAUGUCAAAUACCGCUGGCGCUACCUGGAAGACUUGAGGGUUUUCUUGCAAAAGCUGGUAGAUGACAACAACAAGAAGGCUCAGAAAGUGAGAGAGAAGCUGAAUGAAGGAGUGACCUGCACGGCUGACACUCACAAAGCGGUGGAAGGCCAUUUAGCGGCUCGAGAGACUUUGGCGAAUGAGAAGUUGCAGGCGGCAGAGAAGAUGGCCGAGGAAGGGAACUUAGAGGUGAGCAAGCAAGCGCUGGAAGAAGCGGACAAGCUGGCUCAUCAGAAGUUCCGGCUCACACGCCUCAAGGAGGUGGCGGAAGCAUGGAUGGACGAAUGCUGUGACGUUUGCGGCAGUCAGAUUUCCUGGCGUGCGGUGGAAGAAUUGGAGGCGCGUUCCAAAGGUCGUGAGCAUCCGCAUGUCCCGGGGUCCUGGCAUCAGGGUUGGAAGAAGUGCCGCGAAGCCUUGAAGAAAGUCACCGAGGAAGCACAGCAGGCCAAAGAGGCGCUGGGCGGUGUGGACGUUGGUGAAGUGGUCGACCAAGAGGAUCCCCAAGCAGGCCGCAAUGGCCGCCGAGCUCCCUUCCAGGUUCGAUCGGCGAAGGAGCUGGCGCGGAGCCGCUCACGGGAUGCCAGUAAGGCACGAAAAAGGAGUCCUUCCAAAGAGAAGGCUCAGAAGGAGAGGAAGAAGAAAAGCCGCCGUAGCAGCUCUUCCAGCAGUCGCAGCCGGUCGAAGCGAAAGAAGAGCGGCAAACGGCGUGCAGACAGGUCCCCUUCCAGGAAGAGAAAGAAGAGAAAGAGCAGCAGCAGCAGCUGA